AUGCCGACCGCGAACAAGGGCGUCCUCGUGAAAUGCGACCCGGCGACGAAGCAGUAUCUACUGCAUCUCAACGAGACAGCAGUGCAGCAACGCUUUGUGAUUGAAGAUCUGGACGACAGGCAUCUAUUUAUUGUGCCAGACCCCAAGGUCAUCGCCUUCAUCGAGAAGAAGAUGGACGAGUGGAACGAGAAGAACACAUACCAGCCACCCACGCAGUAA